AUGUCUUCCUACGUCGGCAAGGGCACAGUCCCCUCCUGGGACGCUCUCACCAAGGAGACUCCCGACGAAGAGGCAGACUAUGGCGACUACACCUAUGCUUCCCGCGAUCAUGUCCUCUUCUGCAUCGACGCUUCCGCCACCAUGCACAAGCCGUUCCCAGACUAUAAGGACGAACAGGGGAUUACUGUCAAGGGAAAGAGCGCACUGCAUCAGGCAUUGGAAGUGGUCAUGAGGAUCCAGCGGAGUAAAGUGAUUUCUGGACCGAACGACAGUGUAGCGCUGCUUCUCUACAACGUUGAUCCUUCUGUGGUGACUGAAAGCCCGGGGAACCAUGAGACGGGAACAUUCGCCUACCAGUCUCUCCGGACGAUCAACGCCGAAGAGAUGAAGAAGCUUGUCCAGCUCAUGGCAGCCGCCAAGGAAGAAUACGAGAAUCAAAACCCCAAAGAAGAUUCCCAAGAGCCAGAGAUAUUGGGCGAGACCUUCCGCCCCAUCGCAAAGUCGGAAGAGAUGAACAUUGCGAAUGUGUUGAGGGCUUGCAUGUUUCUGUUCCGCGACGGGCAAGUCACACCAGGCCACUAUAAGCGAAUCUUUCUGAUCACAGACCAGGAUACACCAGUUGGUGCAGACGGCAACCGGGCUCCGGCACGAACAGCCAUCAUUGACCUUGGUGGGUACGACGUCUCUAUCGAUACAUUCUUCAUCGACCAUCCCGGCCACAAAUUCAACCCCAACGUCUUCUGGAACGACAUCCUCCAACGCGACUAUGACCAGAUCGACGAAGACGAAGACCCCGACGCCGACGGUCUCGCCAAACUCGAAGAAGUCAUGAACAAUCUCGUCAUCAAAUACGCCCCCAAACGCGCCCAAUUCCACGUCCCGCUCAAAUUCGGCGGCAGAGACGGGGAUAUAGUGAUAGGCAUUACGGGGUUUAGUUUGAUUUCGGAGCAGACGAAGGGGCAGCCGAAAAAGGUCAUCAUGAGUGGGCCGGUGGUGCAGGAGGUUGAACAGAAGACGGGGUACACCAGUUCCAAAACGGGCACGUUGCUAUCUGCCAAUGAAGUCGCCAGUGCUUUCGAGGUGGGCGACGAAGGCAAGAUACGCAACGUCCUCGAGCGCAAUUGGUUUGAAGGGUCCGAUCAGGAGGAUGAGAGGCAAGAGAUGUUGGACGACGUCCUGCAGGAAGAGAAGGAACGGAGGAUGAGGGAAGAUGAUGAAGGAGGGGAUAGCAGUGAUGAGGAUAAGGAGCGGUACAAGGAUCAGGCAGGGCAAUACAUGUCGCAAAAGGGCAAGAGCAGAACGGUUGCGAGGACAAGACUGCAAUUCAGUCCGGAAGAAGUUGCGCAGCUGAAAGCAGUGGGCGUUGACCCUCAAAUCAAGAUUUUGGGAUUCCAGUCUCCUGACAAUGUCCGACUGGAACAUUCGAUCAAGCACGCCACAUUCAAGUACACCGGCUCCACUCGCGCCUUUGCGGCCCUCUUGAAAUCUUGUCUCAAACUCAACCGACACGCCAUCGCUCUCUGUCGCCUCCGAACCAACUGGACCCCCUUCUUUGGCCUUCUCAUUCCUCAAGAAGAGGUACUGGGAAGUGAUGGGGCGCAAGAGUAUCCGCCAGGGUUCCAUGUGAUACCCAUGCCUUUCAAAGACGAUAUCAGAGGAAAGUGGCCCAAGGCUACUGAUAACAUUCCUGCCAAUGAAACCCAAAAAGAGAGCAUGGUCAAUAUCGUCCGCCGUCUCCGCUUCAAAUCCGGCAUCUACAACCCCGACGCCUACCCCAACCCCUCGCUCGCAUACCACUACGCCCAGCUGCAAGCAUUCGCGUUUGACGAAGACCUUGACCCGGAAGAUCCAGAUUUCGUGGAGGAGCUCGAUCGGACACGGCCGAAAGUGAAGGGGCAGCACAAGACGGCGGGGGCGUUCAUGGAAGAGUUCAACAAGGCUGUGGAGCUGGAUGAGAGGGCCGACCGGGCGGAGGCUUUGGCGGGAGGAAAGAAGAGGGGUGGGAAGAAGAAGGAGGAUAAGGUGAUCAAUGAGGAGGAUCUGCCGAAUGUGCGGGGGAUGUAUCUGCAGGGUCAGAUGGGUAAGCUGAAGGUCGCCGAGUUGAAUGACUUUGCCCAGUACUACAAUGUACCACUGGAAGGUAAACUGAAGGCGAAUCUCAUCGACUCUAUUUCGGCAUUCUUGAAGGCCGAGAUAGACGGGGGAGGUGCCAAGGAGGGCGAUGGAAAGAAGAAAGCAAGGAAGGAUUGA